AUGUUGGCUGGGUACUUCUAUGGGUAUAUGGUGACUGUUUUGGGUGGUAUAUUGGCGGACAGAUAUGGUGGGAAAAGAGUUCUGGGAGCUUCCCUUCUCUCAGCAUCCAUUCUGACCAUUCUUCAUCAAAGUUUAUCUCGAAUUAGUGGUUACAUUGCGCUUGUUCUAAGGAUAUUAACAGGAGCAGUAUCAGGGUUGUUGCCCCCAGCAAUUCAGUCCUUAUUUGGACGUUGGGGACCUCCACAAGAGAUAGGUUCUUUGAUAGGGCUUUCAUUUGCAGGUCAACUCCUUGGAAGUAUUGUGGGUCUUUCAAUAUCAGGUUACCUUUGCGUAUAUGGAUUCGAUAAUGGAUGGGGUUCUAUAUUUUACGUAUUCGGUGGAAUAUCGUUGGUGUUUAGUUGUAUGUGGUUUUACAUUGUUUAUGAUAAUCCAGACGUCCAUCCCACUAUUAGUGAAGAAAAACGUUCGUACUUAAAAAAAGCAAUAAAAAGUGAAAAUGCUGUUAAAAAUGUACCGUGGAAACGGAUGUUCUUAUCACCGGCUGUCUGGGCAAUAAACUUUGGCUUGUUUGCCUAUGGCUGGACGAAUAUAUCUUUCAUGGUAUUACUACCUUUAUAUAUGAAAGAAGCCUUACACGUUGAUACAACAUCCAACGGUUUAAUGUCGUCUGCUCCUUCCAUUGGACAAAUCAUUGCUUUUCCGUUAUGUGGAAGAUUUGCAGAUUUUUUACGUUCAAAGAAAUAUCUCUCAACGCGUUCUGUUCGAAUUUUAUUCCAAUCCUUUUCCAUGGUGGCUUCAGCAAGCUUGUUGAUAGCCAUAGGAUUUCUCAGAUGUGACAAAACCGUUCUAAUAACUCUCCUUUUGUUUCUCAGUGGUAUAACUCUAUCAUUUUCCAGUGGUGGUGUUAUCGUCAACAAUAAUGACAUCGCUCCAAGUUAUGCUGGUAUUGUAUUUGGAAUUGCAAACACCUUUGUGUCAACGGCAGGCAGCCUUAGUUCGUUGGUUGCAAAAGCUCUCACCCCAAACGGUACACAAGAAGAAUGGCAGAUCGUGUUUGCCUUAUGUGCUGCUAUAUGUGUAUCUGGUGCGAUAUUAUUUGCAAUAUUGGUAAAAACAGAAAUCCAAGAUUGGGCAAACUGGGGGAGAUCUAGCUCCUCCGUUCAUCCUAGCGACACGACUAUAAGUAGAAUAGCUUAA